AUGGAACGAAAACCUAUUGGAGAAAAACUCAGUAAUAUUAGUGCUUUAAUCUAAAAACAGCAAAAACCAAAAGAUUCGCAAGAUGACCAAGAUGAAAUGAAACAAUACAAGAUGAUUUUUCCAAACAUGAAUAAAUAAGAAAGUGCUGAAAAAAAUUAGUUAAAGGAUUCUGAUAAACUUUUUUAAGUAUAAUCCAUUAUAUAGGAAUAAAAGCAAUUUCAAAAUGAUAUUUCGAAACUUUUGAAUAGAUUGGGGAAGGCGCAGGAAUAAGAUCCUUAACCAAACACUAAAACUUCAAGUAUCAAUCAAUAACAAAGCCCACAACCUUUUGAAUAGAGUCAGAACUAAACUCCUAAUAAUAGAAUGACUCAAAGUGUAUCCCAUUUACCUAAAUAAGGGACACCUGCCCCACCUCCAUAACCAAUUCAAUUAUUUGUAUAAAAUAGCCCAAUUAAUGAUCAACAGUACAGAAAUCUAAAAGAAUAGAAUGUAGAUUUGCUUAGAUAGAUUGCAUAAUUGUAGCCAUUACAAUAGGUAGCAAAUGAUCUAAAACUGUUAUUAUAACAGUCUAAUGAUCGAGUUAGAGAGUUACAAAAGUAAAUCGAUGUAAUCCUACAAGACAACAUUUAAUUGAAGCAAUAAAUGAUUAUUAUUGAGUAGGAAAAAGUAAACAAUAAAAGAUAGUUUGAUGAAAUUAUGGCAAACACUUCAUUGAUUCAUUAAAGAGAAAUGCAAGCAAUAAGAUUUUAAGCACAAGAGAAUUUAAAUGCUUUAGAAUCUACUUGGAAAUAACAAUAUGUGCUUUUGAGAACAGAAAAUGAGGCUGUUAUAAAUAAUUUGAACGCUAAAUUAGCAAUUACAUCAAAAGACAAUUAAAGCCAAGAGGAUCUCAUUAAUAAUCUUGUGGCUUCAAAUAAAGAACUCUAAUAAAAUUUAUGUAAUUAUUCUUUUCAAUUUAGAGAUCAGAACGACGGAUUUAAGUUUUGUUUAGCAAACCUUGGUAUAAAAUAUAAUUACAAUAAUUCUUUGGAAAAAUAUGAAGCUAAUACAAAAUAAAUGAUAAAUUAAAAUUUGGAAAAAUAGCAACAAUAUGAGAAGAUGAUAAUCGAAUUAAAAUAACAUAAUGAUAUUUUAAGUCAAUAAAUUGUUGAAUUAGAUUAAACUCAUAAAUAAUCUAUAUCUAAUCAACAAUUAAAGGCACAGCAUCAUAUAAAUGGUAAAUUAGAAGAAGUAUAAAAAAUGAGUAUUAUUGAAAAACAAUAAAUUCAAUAGCACUAUGAAGUAAAACUAAAUAAAUUGAAUUGUGAUAAAGAAUCAUAAAUUAAUUAAUAAUAGUAACAGAUCAUAUAUUUAGAAUAAAAGUUAGCAAUAUUGGUUCAAGAAAACAAAACCUUGGUAGAUUAGUUAAAUAAGGCAAAAAAGAAAGCAGAAAAUCUUGAACAAAUUAUGAUGAACUAAGAAGCAGCGUAUUAGAAUUUAACAAAGGAUUCAUAAUCUAAGACUUUAUCAAUGACAAAAUAGAUUUAAGAUUUGAAUUCAAUGAUCGGAAAUUUCAAUUAGAACAAUAACAAUCAAAUAGCGAGUACAAGAAGGUCGGAUUAUCCUGAAUUGACAGACAAGAAUUAAUAAUUAGAGCAAUAGUUGGCUUAUAAAAAGGAAGAAAUGGACUUGCUUUUACAUCAUUUAGAUUAAGUAUUUGAAAUUAACAGAGAUUUUGAAAACAAGAUUAAAACAUUGUAAGCCCAGCUUGAAUUAAUGGAAGAAAAGAGUAAUAGAGAAUAAGAUCAAUAUAAUAAUUAGAUAAAACAGCUAAAAUAAUAAAAUGAAGACUUGAAAUAAAGGGUAGAAGUGAGCAUUCAAAUAGAAUAACAAAAAGACUAAUAAGUUAAAGAACUUUAGUAAAAGCUCCUUGAAGAGGAAGUUCUAAAAAGAAAAUAAAAUGAUUAAAUCUAAUCGAAUGAAAAAUAAUAAUUUUUGGAUCAAAUCAAACAGUUAAAGAUUAAAAAUGUUGAAUUAAUCAAUCAAAAUGAGAUUUUAGAGUCAAAUUCAAAGGAAAUUAAAGAUAAAUAUGAUUAGGCCUUAAGAGAAUAAAAAGAAUAGCAAUAACGUUUUGAGGAAUAAAAACUUAUAAUUGAAUAGUAAAUUCAAUCACUUCAAAAAAAAAAUUAAGAACAACCACCAAUAGUUAACUAAAUGAAAAGAGACAUCAAAUCGAGUGAAACGGAUAAAUCUUUCACAGAUAAGGAUUAUUAAAUUAAAACUCUUGAAUAAAGACUAAAAGAAAAUGAGAAGAAAUUGAAGGACUACGAGUUGAAAUAAAAAACUAGUGAUGAUAUUUAGAACUAAAAUAAGUAAAUGAUUUAGCAUUAUGAAAUCAAAAUAAAGGAAUUAGAAUUGAGAGUAACUACUUAUGAAGAUCAAAUUAAGAUCAACAAUAAAUAGAAUAAUAUCUAAUUGGCAAAAAUAAAGAAUCUAGAAUCCUAAUUAUUAACUUGUGAAGAUGAUAUACAAAGAUUGAGUGAUAUAAACUAAAAUUUAGAAAACCAUAUUGCUAAAUCAAGUUCCAUGAGACCUACUUCUUAACCUAAUAAUAAUGCAGAACUAUAAAAAUUAUAAGAGGAUAACUUAAGAUUAUAAGAGUAGGCAAAUUAAAUAAAAAAGGAGAAAAUAACGAUGUCCCAAAGUUAUGAUAAUUAAAUAAGUUUAUUGUAAUCAUAGAAUUAGAGUAAUUUGAGUCAAAUCAAUAAAGUUAAGAUGGAAAACUAAUAACUUUAAGAUAGUUUCAAGAAAUAAAUAUCAAAUUUAGAGUAGAAAAUUAAAGAAUUGUAAGAUUAGAUUAACAAUUUGAAAAAUGAAAAUUCUGAAUUGAGAUGUUAAAUUGAUGAUUCGAAUGAACAAAAUAAAACACUCUCGGAUUAAGUUGCAAAAUUAAAGAAAGAGAAAGCUCAUAUGACUAUGAAAUUAAUGCAUUCUGGUAUAGCAAAUCUUGUUAGUAGUUAAGUGUCUUAAACUUAAGAAAAAUCUGAAUGA